AUGAAGAGUAUUAUCAUCUUUGUGCUAUUAUGUCCAUCAGUUCUCUUGGCUUACACACUGGACAAGACAGUGAGGAAAGAUUCAAACAUCGACGUUGUCCAGGAAAACCUUGAAAAUGGCUAUAAUCAGGGGAAGGAUAUAAAACAAUUUGUGGGAAGAAAUGACAGCAGUGCUGUGGUUAAAAAAAUCCAGGAAAUGCAGAGGUCCUCUGGGUUGAAGGUGAUGAAGAAGCGGGACUCUGGCAUCCUAGAGGAGACACUUGUGCCCAUAUGUGGAAGAUCCAUGGUUGGUCAAUUCUCUAGAUUACCUCGUACAACCAAGUGGAAGAAAACUAACAUUACAUACAGAAUUACGAACUACACAUCAAAGCUGUCACGUUAUUCUGUUGAUUCUGCCAUUGAGAAAGCUCUGAAACUCUGGAAGGCGGUGACUCCUCUCACAUUCACCAGGCUUUAUGAUGAAGAAGCUGACAUAAUGAUCUCUUUUAUGAGGAGAGAUCAUAAAGACUUUGGAUCUUCUGAGGUAGAUAACUCUUCUCUGGCUCAUGCCUAUUUGCCUGGAAGAGGGUUAGGUGGAGAUAUUCAUUUCUAUGAUGAUAUACAAUGGACAGGAGAUUAUUCAGGGAAAAAUUUUCUCCAAGUGGCUGUUCAUGAAGUUGGUCAUGCCCUGGGUCUCUAUCAUUCAAACAACCCUGAAGCUUUGAUGUACACAUUCUACAUGAAACCAGAAAAACAAUCCAUGUUGUGCCUUUCUCAGGAUGACGUGAAACAAAUUCAAUAUCUCUAUGGACCUCCACCUUCCUGCUCUAAUAAAACCACGAUGCCCGAGGAAUCCAUUUCUACAAAAUCUCAGCCACCAGUCAAGUGUGAUCCUAACUUGUCAUUUGAUGCAGUCACUACUAUGAGAGGAGAAACUCUCUUCUUUAAAACCAAACAUUUUUGGAGACUAAUGAAACGAUUUCCUGAACCUGUACUGCUUCGUAUUUCCUCACAUUGGCCCUCUCUUCCAUCAAGGUUGGACGCUGCAUAUGAGGCUCAUGCCAAGGAUACUGUCUUUAUAUUUAAAGCGGAUCACUUUUGGGCCUUCAAAACCCUAGAGCUACAAGCAGGUUAUCCAAGAAGCAUCUACACACUGGGCUUUCCUCAAACAGUCAAGAAAAUUGAUGCAGCUUUUUCUGAUAAGGAUAGCGGGAAAACCUACUUUUUUGUACAGGAGAAAUACUGGAGAUUUGAUGAGGCUAGCCAGUCCAUGGAUCAAGGUUUCCCCAGACUAACAAUUCAAGACUUUCCAGGAGUUAACCGAAAGAUCAAUGCUGCACUUAAAAAUUCUGGAUUUGUUUAUUUCUUCAGUGGACCAUUACAGAUUGAGUUUGACCCUAAUACUAAGAAGGUGACAAAGCGUGUGAGGGCUAACAGAUGGCUAGGCUGUUAA